AUGUAUCCAGUGCAAUCCACUCAUUAUCAGAGUAACAAUGCAGCAAUUCGACCCAUCACUACAGGUAUAGUAGCUACUAAUAAGAAAGCAUCUAUUUCAUCAUCUCCAAGACGUAUUAUGGCUAUUACAGAAGGUCGUGGAGUAGCUAUUGAGAUAGGUAUCUGUAUAUUUGAUAUGAAUAGUUGUGAAGUUAUAAUAUGUCAGUUAGCAGAUUCACAAACGUUUUCUAGAACUAUACAAAAGAUAAACUUGAAUGAUCCUCAGGAGAUAUUAAUGCCUACAUAUACAACAACUGUAGAUAAUGAUGAUACCUCUGCUGAAGAUAGUAGUAAGCUAAGUCAGUUACUGAAAAUGCAUUUUCCUUUUAUCUCAAUUCAUUCUAUACCACGAAAAUGCUUUAAUGAUGAAAUUGGAAAGCAAUAUAUCUGUACUUAUGGGCUUCAAGAAGACAUACCUGGUUUGCUUGUUGGUGUCUCUACAAAAUACUAUUGUCUUGCUGCUAUUUCUGGUGUAUUCUAUUAUAUACGAGAAAAUGAAAGCUUUACCUUUGCUGAUCAUACUAUUAAAUUUUCAUAUCAAGGAGUAGAAGAUACAAUUACAGUAAAGAAUUUAGAACUUGUAUCUAACACAGUCAAUAGCUAUACUCAAAAUACACUCUUACAUGUCUUGGAUCAUACAGUGACACCUAUGGGCAAAAGAUUACUUCGAAUGAAUAUCCUACAACCACCAUGCUCCUUAAACGUGAUUGAGGAUAGACUAAAUGCUGUAGAGCAACUUAGUAGUAGCAGUGAAGAAUAUCUUUUCAGUAUACAAUCCUAUUUAAAACAGUUGACUGAUUUAGAUUAUACCAUAGCUUACAUCAUCAAACUUCCUUAUAAAAAUCGCAUUACAAAACGAAAGCAACAAGCUAUACCUACUGUUCAACAUUCGGAAACUAAAGUGAAUCAAUUAAUUUAUUUAAAACAUGCAAUAAAGAUAAUUCAAGCUAUUUCAAAGACUUUAUCUAAAAGAGCAACUGUACAGUGUUCUGACAAAGAAAAUAAUCAUAAUGAUUGUUUAUUAUUGGAUACAAUAUAUAGAACAAGCCUAGGUAUUCGAAAUCAAAAAUGUUAUGCAGUAAAGGCUGGAGUAAAUGGAUUGUUAGAUGUAGCUAGGCAAACUUAUAAAGAAACAACAGAAGAUAUUUAUGAAUUAGUAGCUCAAUAUAAUGAAACUUAUAGUUUGCAAAUGAAACUUUAUUUUACUGCUGCUAAUGGGUUUUACAUUACAAUGCCUACCAGUCAACUUACAUCAGAAAAGGGAUUACCUCCUGAAUUUAUUAACGUUAUAAGGAAAAAGAAAACUUUACAAUUUACUACUAUUGAAUUGCUUCAAAAGAAUAGUAGAAUAAAUGAAUCUUUAACAGAAGUAUAUCUCAUGUCAGACAGAAUCGUAACAGAGUUAUUACAAAAAUUUAGGGAAAAUAUAAACAUUUUAUACAAGUCUUCUGAGGCAAUUGCACUUUUAGAUCUACUUUUAUCAUUUGCUUCUUGUAAUUUAUCCUUUGAUUAUGUUCGUCCUCAAUUCUCUAAUACAUUGGUGGUCAAAUCGGGUCGUCAUCCAAUUCUUGAUCGAAUUUUAUCUUUUUCAUUUGUUCCUAAUGAUAUAUUUGCUUCAUUAUCUAGCAGUUUCCAAUUUGUUACAGGUCCUAAUAUGAGUGGUAAAUCCACUUAUUUGAGACAGAUUGCAUUAUUGACUAUCAUGGCUCAAAUAGGAUCCUUUGUUCCAGCUGAAUAUGCUUGUCUUCGUUUGAGCGAUCGACUACUUUCAAGAUUAGCAAAUGAUAAUACAUUUUCUGAUAUUGGAACAUCCUCCUUUAUGUCAGAAAUGAGAGAAACAGCGUAUUUAUUGCAACAUAUCACUAAUACAAGUAUUGUGAUUAUUGAUGAACUAGGUAGAGGUACUUCACCCAAUGAUGCACUAGGUAUAACAGCGGCUGUUUGCGAAGAUCUCAUUAGAACAAAGGCUUUCUGCUUCUUUGCAACCCAUUUACACGAAUUAACUUGUACACUGAAUAUAUAUCCUAACGUUGUUAAUUUGCAUUUCAAAGUGAAUGUCACUAAACAAGGGAAAAACGACUGUACAGUAGACUACCAAUAUAAAAUUGAAGAUGGGAACUUGAAUGCAGAAAAUCAUUAUGGUAAUUUAUUAUUAUUAUUAUUAUUUUCCUUGGGAAAGUUAUUAAUUUAUCUUGUGUUUUUGUAG